UUUCCUUCACUUUCCUUCAAAAAAUGUUUCAAAAAAAUAUUUUUAUUUUCCUUUUCUUAACAAUUUUUAUUUUAAAUUUAUCAACAUUAAUUAACGGGGAUUGUGUCCAAAUGUGCCAAGGAAGUUCUUGUUCUCAAAUUUGUAAAAAGAAAAGAGAUGUGAAUAAAUGGGUGGAUAUUUGGGGGAAAUUUAAUAAUUCGAAAAGGAGGAAAAGAAGUCUAGAAUCUUCUGCUAUACUUUGCCGGGUUGGAGUUUGUAAAAGUGCUAGUGCUUCUUUGGGAUGA